CCACAUCACCACACUGAGACUUAGGAAGGUCUGCUGCCAGCUCUGGGAGGCUGAAGUUGGUGAUGUGGCAAAGCAGUACAUAGAGAAAGGCCGUUUAGUUCCAGACCACGUGAUCACACGCAUGAUGCUGUCGGAGCUGGAGAACCGACAGGAUCAGCACUGGCUGCUAGACGGUUUUCCCAUGACACUAGUUCAGGCUGAAGCCCUAGACAGAAUCUGUGACCUGGACCUUGUGAUCACUCUGAACAUUCCAUUUGAAACACUCAGAGAUCGUCUCAGCCGACGCUGGAUUCACCCUCCUAGCGGGAGGGUGUAUAACCUGGACUUCAAUCCACCUCUUGUACAUGGGGUUGAUGACGUCACCGGUGAACGGCUGGUCCAGCAGGAGGAUGAUAAGCCGGAAGCAGUCAACGUCAGGCUAAGACAGUACAAGGAGGUGGCCAAGCCGGUGGUUAAACUCUACAAGUCCCGAGGAGUGCUCCACCAGUUUUCUGGAACGGACACUGACAAAAUCUGGCCCUGUGUUUACACGGUUUUCUCGAACAAGAUCACGCCGAUUCAGUCCAGAGAAGCAUGCUGAGCCCGGCCAGGGGAAGAACCAGGAAGAUGUGCUUCUCCCUCCAGAUGUUUCAGUUGUAUGUGUAGUAUGGUCCCCAGUAGAAGCCAGCUGAGAUAGCUUGCAGUAUCUUUUCUAGUUUCAAUGAUGAACUGAUAUGAAAACUAAUGAGUGAAAGGAGGCAAUGAAGAGGCUGUUCUCUGCCCUUCGGAAAGAAGGGUCACCUGCACAUGUUGAAGAUGCCUCUGCACACGCCCGUCAAGCCCUUCGCCAGAAAACAAGGACAGGCUGGAUUUCAAAUGCCGUAUAGCCCAAGCUCUAGCUGAUUUUUGAUCUUCAUGUUGCCAUAGUGGCAGCCUUUUUGCAUAUGGUGGUGGUGGUCUCUUGGUUCUCCCCACCCCCUAAAGGCUGUUGAACCACAGCACCAGUGGCCUGAGGAUGCCCAGGGCUGUAGCCCGGGCUUUGUCCACGUUCUCUGGUAUGUCCUCCCCUGGAGACAAGGAGGUUGAAGCCAGUUGCUCGCAGUGGUCGCUUCUCUGACUUUGAGUGACUGUACCCACAACUUAUUGUUUUUUUUUGUUAGGAGAGGCAUCUCCCUUGCAUCCAUGCUCCAUAGAAGCUCUGCCCUUCAGACAUCCUGGAAUGAAAGGAUUUGGCUUCUGCUGUUUUUAUUAGAUGGUGUCCUUGUUAUUGUUUUUUAAACAUCUGUUGCCUCCCCUCCCUUUCUCCCUACAGAUACUGCUUUGAGCCCGCUGAGAUUCCUCUGUAAGAGCUGAGAGCUAGGGGAUGAUGUCAGAUCACUCGAUGCACCAGAACUGAGCUCUUUGAGGGUCUACUUUACACUGCUGAUCUGACUCUCAUGGGUGGAUACUGUUCCUUUUUUUUUUUUUUUUUUUUUUUGGUGGAAAAAAAAAAUCAUCGUUGUAAAUCCCCAAAG